AUGGACUGUUGUCCGGAACGACUCAACCCCUUCAACAUCCACAUUGGGAAUUCCUACCAGGUCAGCGAGAACCCCAAGUGUGGUGGUUAUUAUCACAUCGCCCUGAACCAGCCGUCCAUUUCCGUCUCAUGCCCGGGGAUGAUGGGACGGUAUGUGGGUGUCCGUCUUCCCGGACACUCCCGAGUACUGACCUUGUGCGAAGUACAAAUAUAUACGGAAACGGACAGUCCACAGUUCCUCACCUGCUCAGCAGCAGCUUGUACUUCACUGUCCAUCAGCUGGGUGAAGCCGAGAGCGCCCCUUAUUGGAUACAGAGUGAACUACAUCAUCGUUAAUGACAGUCCUUCAGACGUGAUCUCAACAGACUUUGGUCCUGAAAAUGAGGAACAGGUACUCCGGGAUGUCCUAGCUGACCGAGAAUACAGCAUCACGCUUGUAGCUGUUGGGAUAUACAAGGAGAGCUUGCCUGUUGAAGUCACCUGUGCAACAAUGACGCCGCCACCUGAGGACUUAAGGGUGAAAGACAUUACGGAAACGUCCAUCACAGUUUCCUGGAUACAGAGGACAACCUCACUCGCUAUUGGCUACAGGAUGUGGAUAGGGCGGAGUGAUACAACAGGGAGCCUGUUCACACAGUUCGUGCCCACAAAUCAAACAGAUCUGACAUUGAUGGACCUCAGCCCUGGCACAGAGUAUGUGAUAUCAGCCACAAGCAUCAACAGGUACAACGAGGGACCAGCAAUGGACGUUACCGUAGUGACAAAAACGGACAGUCCACAGUUCCUCACCUGCUCAGCAGCAACUUAUUAUUCACUGACCAUCAGCUGGGUGAAGCCGAGAGCGCCCCUUAUCGGAUACAGAGUAAACUGCACCCUCGUUAGUGACAGUCCUGCAGACGUGUACCUAACGGACGCUGGUCUGGAAAAUGAGGAACAAGUACUCCUGCAUGUCCUAGCUGAUCGAGAAUACAGCGUGACGCUUGUAGCUGUUGGGAUGUAUGAGAAGAGCUUGCCUGUUGGGGUAACCUGUGGAACAAUGACGCCCCCACCUGAGGACUUUAGGGUGAAAGACAUUACAGAAACAUCCAUCACAGUUUCUUGGAUACAGAGGACCAACUCACUCGCUAUUGGCCACAGGAUGUGGAUAGGGCAGAGUGAUACAACUGAGAGCCUGUUCACACAGUUCGUGCCCACAGAUCAAACCGAUCUGACAUUUAGUGACCUCAGCCCUGCCACAGAGUAUGUGAUAUCAGCCGCAAGCAUCAACAGGCACAACGAGGGACCAGCGGUGAACAUUGCUGUGGUAACACAAACGCCUAGUCCAACGGCACUGUACGUUGAACAGAAGACAACCAACACUGUCACAAUCUCCUGGCUACCUUCUAAAGCUGUCAUCACCACAUACAACAUAACGUACACAGGAAAUGGAAGAAGUACUUCCGUAAUGGAACCAGGGGAUGUAGACAGCUGUAAACUGACAGGUCUGGUUCCUGGUUCUCAGUAUGACAUUGACUUGGUGGCCGUUAGCAGGUUUGGGAGGAGUCUCGCCGUCAGUACAAGUGUUAUUACAGACACAGAUCCACCCUCACGUCUGAACGUCGCCAAGUCCUCCACGACCUGGCUGUUCCUGGAAUGGACCUCACCUGUGGCCAACAUUCUAUCAUUCGACUUGGAAAUCUCAGACGAAUUGGGCAGUACAAGAACAUUCCUGAGACUCGAGGGGCACACAACGUCCUAUAACGUCACGGAUCUUGUACCAGAAACAACUUACGUCUUCAAAAUGGGGGCCUUCAGCAAAUAUGGUCGCAGCGUGGACAUCACUUAUUCAAAUAGUACAGUAACUUCCCCUGGUAGAUCAACAGAGCCUCCCCGUAUCUCACUAACAUCGACUCCAGCCUUGGUGCAGACAGUUUCAGAAGCCAUCGAUGUGUUACCUAAACAGAAAAUGCAAACAGCAAGUGGCUCCGAUAAUACGUUAGAAAGUGAUCUUAUCGACACGAGUGCCACCGAUCUCUCCCCGAGGCAGCAGCUGAAGGUGUUAAAGGAGAAGAAGAAGGAAAAGGAAGACAUGAAACCCACCGUUCAGAUCCUGAGCAGGGAAGACUACGCCCUGUCGAUGUCAGCUGUGGGCUGCUCGUCUUGGAAUGACGAUACAAACCAAUGGGGGCUGGAGGACUGCGAUGCUGACAUUAAUCUCGAGGACGGGGUCAUCAGCUGCAGGUGUCCCAUGACCGAGUGGAAGGUCUUUGUAGGGACCAUGACUCUUCCACUCCCCAACUCCAUCUACUUCAUCAACGCGUUCAAGAACUUCCUCCACCUGAGCGACAACUCCGUAGUGUUCUCCAUCGUGGUGUCCGAGUUCAUCCUGUACCUCCUUCUCAUGGUUCUCUUGUGCGUGGACUUUCACCAAGUACGGGCCCUUCGUCGUCCAUUCACCCGUCGGGUAAGUCCCAUUACCGGAGCGAGUGGAGGAGCAAAGAACCAAAGUGAGCCGCUGUGCAAAGUGAGUCUGGUCCCUCCUGACAGGAUGGUCGCACGUCAUGUCUAUCAACUCACGGUCACCACCGGGUCCAUGUUCGGGGCAGGGACUACCUCACGGAUCGGCUUCCAACUCUUCGGGUCAGAGGCCAAAUCUCCAGUCAAGAUGCUAAAUCCAAAAGGAGAGGCUUUGUUGCGUGGAAGCACUUUACAUUUUGUCAUGCCUGUGCGAGAGUCACUUGGAGAAGUGCUGUUGUUGCGCAUCUGGCAUGAUAACUCUGGGGAAGGCGACACAGCAUCCUGGUUCCUCGGAAGUUUUGUCGUCAGAGAUAUGGAAACGGGCGUGGUGUCGUACUUUACCUGCAAUGACUGGUUAUCACCAGAAAAGGGGGACUGUGAAGUGCAGAAGGUGAUUCACGCAAGUACCGAAGAGGAGCUGACAUCCUUUACUAAUGUCUUUAACGAGGCAACCAGAGACGUGUUCUACGAUAAACAGCUCUGGGCGUCUGCCCUUGUAGCAGCACCGGGUUCACUCUUCACCAAGGCCCAGCGUCUGUCCUGCUGCUUUACUCUACUGAACACCAUGAUGCUAUCCAGCGCCAUGUGGUACAAGGCAGAAAACACAACUGCCGACACCAGAGUGUUGAACCUGGGGUUUGUUCGCUUUACCAUACAGAUCUUUGUCCUUGCUGUGGGCCUGGCUGCCAUCUUUAGUCUCCCGUUCCUCACCAAGCCGCAGGUUAUUCUGAAGGAAGACCUGCAGCUGAACCUGUGGAACUCUACAGCACCAAAGAAGGUCUAUCCAACUGCCAUUUCUGAUGUAAAAUCGGUAAGAAAGAAGAAGGAACUGAAUGAGAAGUCAGCAUCAGUACUGAAGGAGUUUAUUCUCCUUUUUAUCUUCGUGGUGCUCCUCUUCUACAUCGCCCAGGCGGAUAAGGACCAACAUGCCUUUGAUGAGACACAGUCAUUGGCGAACAACAUUCUGCAAGAAUAUGAUGCGAUUAAAACCCCGGACCAGUUUUACGCGUGGACUGAGGACGUCCUGCUGCCGACCCUUUACCCAGCUACCUGGUACAACGGAAGGGACAUGAAGUACUUAGACCGACAGUUUGCACACAACACGGGAUCCUUCCGUCUCGGUCCUCCACGUCUGAUACAAGUUAGACAACUUCCAGGUGACCUGGGGUUUGAACGCUUUGUCGACCUGCAAACUGCUGCAUGGUGGGAUGCUUGUUUUAAACACAUCUUGGGCCUUGUUGUCUUCAUCAACACCAUAUCCCUACUUCGCGUCGUCCGCUUCAGUCAAACAAUCGGCAAACUCCUGGCUCUUCCCGGCAUCAUGAAGGAGGAGCUCCUGUCAUUUUUGGUUGUUGCUGCCAUCGCCUUUAUCGCCUUCAUCAGCUCAGCACACCUCAUAUUCGGAAGCCACAUGGAGUCUUACGCAGACCUGUACCACACAACGUUUGCACUCUUCGAGAUGAUGCUUGGCAGGUUCUUCGCCAAAGACAUGUUGGAUUCCAACCCUGUCACCGGGCCGAUCUUCUUCUCUUCCUUCAUGAUCUGCAUCUUCAUCCUCCUGAUAAACUUCCUCACCACCAUCAUCUGUGACGCCAUUUCCACUGACGUUGACGUCAGCCAUGACCAAGAGCUUGGGGAGUACAUCUGGAGGAGGUUCCUGGCUAUGUUGGGGUUUCACAGCACGCCGGAUAAGGAGAAUAAACAAGGUGAACUGAUGAUGAAAGGAUUCGAGGCCAACAUUGUCAUCAUUCAGGAGAAACUUGAUGAAGGCCUGGACAUCUGUAACUCCAUCCUACCCGAGGCAGGGGACACCGUCCAGCUAUCCCGCCACGCAGAGCCGUCCACCCGCCGCUUCAGAACAUCUCAGGCUCUUCACGCCGUCUCAGACCACCUCGUCGCAUUUACCGGGGCCGUCAACUCACUGUAUAGAACUUUAGGGCCACUUCCUACUCUAAUUUUAUUUCCUCCCGAGUCCCCAGCUAUGCCGGCCACGCGGUCUCAGCGCCGCUCAGGAGGGGGUGCCGCGGAUGACCCGCCACCCGCUGUCACCACCGUCUCCAGGAAGCAGCCGAAAAAGCCAAAGAAGCCGACCGCUGCCGGCCAGAUUAAGGAUAUCCAGGCCCAGCUGAGCGCCCUCACGUCGGUGACCGAGACGCUGCAGCAAAGCCUGGCCACCAUCGCCGCACGACCCCCCGCGCCGCCAGCCCCGCCUCAUCCGACGCUUCCGCCCGCGCCUCACCCGACGCUACCGCCCGCACAUCUGGAAAACCUGCAACCACCACCCACUGACUCCUUGGUCUCGAACAUCCUAGGUACGGGCGGUACAGACAUUUCAGCCUCUAAGACCACCUCCCCUGCGCCUGUCCUCUCCCCAACCGUGACCUAUACCUCCCCUACAACAUCCCCUCCCUCCACCUCCCCUUACCACAUCCCGUUAGACACGGGUAUUCCUGCCACAUUAAAAGAGAAAAUCUGGCAGAACAAGUACAUCGACUUCAAAUCGCUGCUGCCUAACAUGCGCUCCACACCACAAUACACAGUUUCCUUAUCCGACAAUCUCACCCCCACCCUUACCCUAGCAAAUCGCCCACCAGACCCAAAACACGACCUUUCCCUUGACCAGUGGACCAAAGCCUUCCUAAUCUACCAUUUCAUUUAUGCUCAGCGCCACCCCGCUCACACCUGCCAGCUGGUCUCCUACCUGAGCCUCGUCCGCACCAUGGCCUCCCGCGGAGCCCAGUGGCGGCGAUACGAUGAAAUGUUUCGCAAGUACAGGGAGGGUGCCCCCGACACGCCCUGGGACCCCCCACUCCUGCAACUAUACAUGGAUGCACACUACAACAACCCGUCCUCCUCCCUGAGCCGCCCUACUAGCUCCGCCUCAACCCCCCCUAAUCCGCCCUCAGACAUUCCCCCUGGCUAUUGUUUUCGUUUCCACAAGGAAAACGGCCAAUGCCGCCGGGUUCAAUGCCCGUUCAAACACGAGUGCUUCAAGUGUGACGGCAGACACAAGGCCACCUUAUGCGACUCCAAAUCCCCCUCGGUGUCUGCCGUCUCCCGUAAACGCUAAAACCCUGGCCAAAUAUCUACACGGCUAUCCUCCUCGGGACAGAGCCUACCUUUUAGAUGGUUUUACCUUUGGCUUCCCACUCGAAUACUUCGGUUCCCGUACGCGCCCUUUGACUUUUCCCCCACAGCCUAAAGACACACAUUUCAAUAUAAUCCAGGACAAACUUCAGAAUGAGUUGGUGUCUGAGCGGGUUGCCGGACCUUUCUCUUCGCCUCCGUUCAAGAAUCUCUUUCUUUCACCUUUAUAUGCUGUGCCCAAAAAGGCUCCCGGAAAAUUCCGCUUAAUUCAUGACCUCUCAUACCCUCCGGGCUUCUCUGUCAACAGCGGCAUUCCUUCUGAGCUGUCCUCCGUUAAAUAUGCUACAAUAGACAACGCCAUCCAACACAUAAAAGUUCUUGGCCGUGGUUGCUUUCUGGCAAAAACGGACAUUGAAGCCGCCUUUCGACUUAUUCCCGUCCACCCAAACGACUACCACCUUUUAGGUUUUUAUUGGAAUGGCAAUUUCUACUACGACAGGUGUCUCCCAAUGGGUUGUAGUACAUCCUGUGUUAUCUUCGAAUCUUUCAGUACGGCUCUGGAAUGGAUUGCCCGCAACAAAUUGAAUAUCCAGUACCCUGCCCAUAUCCUAGAUGAUUUUCUUUUUGCAGCCAGAACCUACUUGCAAUGUCACCGUGACCUAACCGCCUUCACUGAUUUGUGUCGAGACGUCGGAGUCCCCCUCGCAGAAGGAAAGACCUUCUCUCCUCACACCACUAUGUCUUUCCUAGGUAUUGAAUUAGAUACCAUUAUUAUGGAAGCGAGGCUCCCGUUAGACAAACUCACCAAAUGCCGUGAACAAAUUAAUUUCUUCUUCCAUCUCUCUCAUGCCACUCUUAAACAAGUUCAAUCCUUAGUGGGUUUACUUCACCACGUCUGCCAAGUUGUUCCCCCCGGCAGAGCCUUUCUGCGUCGACUCAUCGACCUUACCAAGCCCCGCCCAGGUAACUCUAACCGCAUACCGAUACCCACAGAGGUACGCCAGGACCUGCGCAUGUGGCUUACUUUUCUGAACAGCUACAAUGGCCGAUCCUUUUUCCUAGACGACGUUUUCGCCUCUAACAUAACCCUCCACCUCUACACUGACGCAGCUGCGUCUCUUGGCUAUGGGGGUGUUUAUGGAACGGCAUGGUUUUAUGGUUCAUGGCACCAUUCCUUACGCUCCCAAAACAUCACGAUAUUGGAGUUUUACCCCAUUGUUGUAGCACUCCAUAUCUGGGGCCAACAGUGGUCCAACCGAAGCAUUCUCCUCCACACUGACAACGCCGCUCUAGUCCAUGUCAUUAACCGCCAAACCUCCAAAAACCCUCUCAUCAUGCCCCUUGUUCGGCACUUUGUUCUUAUCUCCCUACGUCAAAACAUUCUCUGUCGUGCAGUUCAUGUACCUGGCGCGCAAAACAUAAUGGCCGACACUUUGUCCCGUCUGCAGGUAGACCGUUUCCGGCGAGAAUUCCCGAAUAUGGACCCUCAUCCAACCCCUGUCCCGCCACACCUGCAGCCGCACGUAUUGAUAGGACCGUGACCGACCUUCUGUCCUCAGCCCUCGCUCCGUCCACCUUGCGCGCCUAUAGACAGGCCUGGCAGCUCUUCAGAAAUUUCACAAUAGACGUCCUCGGUGAGGACUUAGCCACCCCACCUGUUUCGACCAAUCUGCUUGCCCAGUUCAUCGGCUUCCUCCACAAUGAGGGUUUCGCACCCCCUACCAUUUCCUCCAAACUUUCGGCCAUCAGCUUUGUACACAAACUACUAGAACUUCCGGACCCAGCCCAGUCCUUCUUUAUUCAAAAACUCCUCCACGCUACCCGCAAGUCCCAUCCCCCCGAUAACAGACGUCCAAUCACCCCCAGCAUUCUCAAAUCCCUGAUAGAUUCUCUACCGGAAGUGUACGCACCCGCAUACGACAGACAGUUGUACAAAGCCAUGUUCUUGUUCACCUUCUACUCCUUAGCCCGCGUGGGUGAGGUCACCGUCACUGGUUCCGCUCACCACACACUGCAGUUGUCAGAUGUUAACCUCCAAGGCACAUCCCACCAGACAGUCCCUCCCCUUCUGAUCACCUUCCGUACUUAUAAGCACAGCUCCACGAAACGUCCCGUAACCGUGUCCAUUGUGCCCCACCCUGGCAGCUCCUACUGUCCCGUAGCAAAUCUGAAAUCCUACCUGUCGCUCAGGGGAGAGUGUGCGGGUUGCCUCUUUCUCCUUAGCGACGGCCGCCCCGUUUCUAGUGACCAUUUCUCUAACACCCUCCGCAAAUGCCUAGAACGUGCGCACCUAGACCCUCAGGCCUAUACUGCUCAUUCGUUCCGCAUAGGAGCUGCCACACACGCUGCUUCGAGCGGCGCCUCCGACGCGCAGCUACGGGCGCUGGGGCGCUGGUCUUCAGAUGCCUUUAAAUCGUACAUACGCCCCUAAUAGUAUUCUAUUCCUCCGACUCUGUACAUUGUCUUAUGCCGCACAGCCUCCAUUGUCUGUGAAACGGAUUGUAUCUCAUUUGCAACUUAGACCACUUUCUGUUAGACCUGUUAGGCCGUAGUUUGCAGCGGCUGUAGUAAUUAGGCUAUAUAAUACACACCCCUCAUGGUGUGCGCCAUGGACUCAUUUAUUUUCAAUAUUUUCAACUUAGAUCACUUUUGUUAGGUCUUAGUUCGUUGUCAAGGUAGUAGCAAGGAGGUGUAUAACCUCCUUGCAAGGAGAUGUAUAACUUCAGGGGAGAGUGUGCGGGUUGCCUCUUUCUCCUUAGCGACGGUAUUAGUUAGGUUGUUAGUUAGGUUGUUAACGUUGUACUUCAGCAACUUAGUACACAGGCAUUGUGUGUUGUGGACUUUUAAUUAUUUCCGACUUACAUCACAUUCUGUUAGGUCGUAGCCUGUAGCUACUGUAUUAGUUAUGCUCCUUACCACACAGCUCUCAUUGUGUGUGCCACGGGCUUUCAAUUUACAUAAUGCCUUGUCAUUAUAUAUUUAUUGUACAUACUGUACUUGUGCUCUCUUUGCAGCAUCAGACCUAGCAGCCCUUGUAUAAUAUCAUACAGGAUGCUCUCCUUAACAAAACCUCCAG